ACUUACGAUACUACGUUAAUAAUACUACCAGCAUACGCAGAAGCAAUUAUGGGUCCUUUGUGUUGACCUCAUGAAUAUGAAAGAGUGCAAAUGCUAAGACUGUUCAACUGGUUACAGCAGGUUGUAGAAUGUCCUCUAUGGCUUGGAGAUGUAGGGCAAGUCCGUGUAUGUGUGUAAGAUGGCUGUGCCAAUAACCUGAGGCAAAUCUGCACGGCAGUCGGCCUCGUGUGAGAGUGGCGUUGUCACAUUAACAGAAUCCUGCGUAAUGCAGACAGGUAUGGCAGCAUUAACCAAGUCCCGAGCCUUAUUGUUCCUCCAAGACAUUUUGGGCAUGGCAGUUCCUUGUGACGGACCAGAUGGACAACCGAGAUGUGAUUUACCAUUCCUGAACAACAUCAUCAGGGAGUUCAUGACGAGGAUUCCAUUCCAGUCUGUAACACUGAUAGCCGAGGAUCUCGAAAAGCGUCACGUGCCCUCCAUGUCCGAGAUCGUGGACGCCAUGUUUAAACAACAUGGCGGCGUGUGUCAUUCCCUCAACAGUUUCAUGUUCUUCUUGCUGGAAGGUCUCGGCUAUGACGUCACACUUGGGCACGCUUUCGUUUACGUGGAGCACGAUGAACGCCAUGACAACCAUAUUGUAGUAUUUGUCCAAAAUUUGGUAACAGACGGAGACACGUUUCUAGUUGACGUGGGCUUUGGCGAUCCGUUGUUUGAGGCCGUCUCGUUAGAUUUUGAAACCGAAUCUCCAGUUUUUAAACAAUCUUACCUUGAGGUUAAGUUCUUUAAGCAGAACGGAAAGAUAGUAAGGGCUCAUGGGAAGGGAGACAAUCGGCUGUCGACAGACCCAGAGCCAUGGGAAGUUCGUAUCGGAACAUGGCGAGGGGCGUAUGAGUUUAGUACUGGAAACAUCAGACGAUUUGACCAGUUUCAAGAAUGUUACCAUCAUCAGUAUACGUCUUUAGAAGGUAUGACCUUUCAGAGAAGCCUGCGAGCAAUGGCUUAUCCGCAGGGCAAAGCGUUCAUUAUUCUUCAUGACAAAAUACUGCGUGAGAACGAGGCUGGUGACCUUGAGAAAUGUCAACUUCCGGAUGACGAAACCAUAUUGAAUACGUACUUGACACAUUUUCCUCAGUUUGAAGAGGAGAUGGUAAAACGAGCUUUAGCCAACUGGAGGAAACAGAUGGAGCAAUACAUACGUCCCAGAACUGGAGAGUCAGUAUCUAAAUAAAACAGGUUUUCUUUACGUACAGACUAACAGAUUGACAAGGACAAGUUCUUAUUGAAAAAGAACGUUUUUAAUUCUUCUGAUACUACGUUCCAGUAACAACUUACUUAAUAAGGCUUAGUGUAUCAGAACCUGUACCGAAACGUCACACGUCAUGGAUUACCUGAUCCUAUACCCAAGAGACAGAGAUGAGUAACGUUCAAUUAACCAAGCACAAGUCCAUAUAGACAGUUUUUUUGCUGUUAUCGGGGCAAUAUGUCCAAUAACACAAAUCAUUUAUCAUUUAUCAAUUUAUACAAAUGCAUAUAUAUGUGAUUGUGAUUGUAAUAGUUAUUAUUGUGAUUGCACAAUGUGUUCAAUCUCACGACAUGUAAGUGAUUUAUCCUUAUGAUACAUCAUUAUUUCAUGACUCAUAUAUACAAAAAGUACAGAAAUAAAUCAUUUUCAAGAUCAGGGAUCAUGGACCAGAAACAUCCACUUUCCUUAGUACUAAUAUAUAAAAGACAAUAGACAAGGCUUCGCUACCAAUAA